AUGAUCCGAGUGUGUGUUUUGCAGGGAGCUCGUGGUGGAAGAAGUGCGCUCUUUGAUGGGAUUGAAGAGGGAGGAAUCAGAGCUGCUUCUUACAGCUCUCAUGAAAUUGAUGAGCAUGAGAACGAGCGUGCCUUGGAAGGGUUGCAAGACAGAGUCAUUCUCUUGAAACGACUUUCUGGCGAUAUAAAUGAAGAGGUGGAUACUCAUAACCGCAUGCUUGACAGAAUGGGUAAUGAUAUGGAUUCAUCAAGGGGAAUUCUCUCAGGAACCAUGGACCGGUUUAAAACAGUAAAUCUCCCUUACCCUAGCAUCACUAUGCCAACUGUAGAGCCUCUCUAA